GCGGGACCGGCACGGCAGGCGGGCUGGUGGCGCGCGGCUGGCGGCGGGGGGGUGGCAGGAGGGGAUCCGUCAUGGAUGCCAGCGCGCUGGAGUUGGACGCGGUGAAGUUCGCACAGUUGGCAGUGCAGCGGGACCAGAGCGGGCGCUACCAGGAGGCCGUCUUCUAUUACAAGGAAGCCGCACAAGCCUUGAUUUAUGCUGGCAUGGCAGGGUCAAACUUGGAAAAUAUUCAAGAAAAAAUAAAUGAGUAUUUGGAGAGAGUUCAAGCUCUCCAUUCAGCAGUUCAAUCUCAGAACACAGACCCUCUGAAGUCAAAACAGCAGCUGGACUUGGAGCGUGCUCACUUCCUAGUUACACAGGCUUUUGAUGAAGAUGACAAAGGCAAUGCAGAAGAAGCUAUAGAGUUGUACACGGAAGCGGUGGAGCUCUGUUUGAAAACAGCUACAGAAACUUCAGAAGCAGGCCUGCAGGCAAAACUGAAACAACUGGCUCGGCAAGCAUUAGAUAGAGCAGAAGCACUGAAAGUAUCGAUGUCAAAGUCAUCUCAGAAGGAGAAGUCAACUGCUGCUAAACCAAACCAGCCCGUCAGAACAUUCUUUCCACUGGGUCCUGAUUUUUCUUUGAAUGAUAAACCACAGACAAUCAGAGCAGUACAAGCUAGUGAGUCUCAAGGUCAGAGGUACACUGCAGAGGAGAUUGAAGUACUCAGAAAGACUUCAAAAAUUAAUGGCAUUGAAUAUGUCCCCUUCAUGAGUGUUGAUCUGAGAGAACGUUUUGCCUUCCCUAUGCCAUUUUCUGAUAAAUGUGGGAAGUUGCCAUUAUCCCCCAAACAGAAAGCAAUGUUUGCCAGGUGGGUACGGCCAGAUGACAUAACAAAUAACCCUACCAUGAUUUACACCGUAUCAAGUUUCAGCAUAAAGCAGACAAUAGUGUCAGACUGUUCCUUUGUGGCAUCCCUGGCUAUCAGUGCUGCGUAUGAAAGAAGAUACAACAAAAAGUUGAUUACAAGUAUCAUUUACCCUCAGAAUAAGAAAGGAGAACCAGAGUAUAAUCCAUGUGGCAAAUACAUGGUGAAACUUCAUAUCAACGGUGUACCUAGAAAGGUGAUCAUAGAUGACCAGUUACCUGUUGAUCAUAAUGGGGAACUUCUCUGCUCUUAUUCUAACAAUAAGAAUGAACUGUGGGUAUCGCUAAUAGAAAAAGCUUACAUGAAGGUCAUGGGAGGAUAUGAUUUUCCUGGAUCAAAUUCUAACAUCGAUCUCCAUGCGCUGACUGGUUGGAUACCUGAAAGAAUUGCUAUGCACUCUGACAAUCAGGCUUUUGAUAGAGAUAGCACUUUCAGAAUGCUCUAUCAGAGGUUUCAUAAAGGAGAUGUCCUUAUCACAACAGCAACAGGUGUGAUGUCUGAAGAGGAAGGAGAAAAAUGGGGUUUAGUUCCAACCCAUGCCUAUGCAGUCUUGGAUAUAAGAGAACAUAAGGGGCUUAGAUUCCUCCAGCUGAAAAAUCCAUGGAGCCACUUACGUUGGAAGGGACGAUACAGUGAAAAUGACACAAGAAGUUGGACCCCAGAUCUACAAAAAUACUUGAACUUUGAUCCAAGAACAGCUCAGAAAAUAGACAAUGGGAUUUUCUGGAUUGCCUGGGAGGACUUGUGCCAGUACUACGAUGUUAUUUAUUUGAGUUGGAACCCUGGUCUUUUUAAAGAAUCUACAUGUAUUCACAGUACUUGGGAUGCAAAGCAAGGCCCAGUGAAGGAUGCUUACAGCCUGGCCAACAACCCGCAGUACAAGCUGGAGGUGCAGUGCCCACAGGGUGGAGCUGUGGUCUGGGUGCUGCUGAGCAGACACAUCACGGAUAAGGAUGACUUUGCACAUAAUAGGGAAUUUAUUACUAUGGUCGUAUACAAGACUGAUGGCAAAAAAGUUUACUAUCCAGCUGAUCCUCUUCCAUAUAUUGAUGGCAUUCGGAUCAACAGUCCUCAUUAUCUGACCAAGAUAAAGCUGACCUCUCCAGGGACCCAUACAUUUACGUUAGUGGUGUCUCAGUAUGAGAAACAAAACACCAUCCAUUACACCAUCAGGGUGUAUUCCUUGUGCAAGUUUACCUUUUCCAAGAUUCCUACACCUUACACCACUUCCAAACGGGUUAAUGGACAGUGGAAAGGUCACAGUGCUGGAGGAUGUGGAAACUUCAGAGACAGCUACAAAAAUAACCCUAUCUAUCAAUUCCAGCUGGACAAGAGUGGGCCAUUACUAAUUGAGCUGCGUGGACCAAGGCAGUACAGUGUUGGGUUUGAAAUUGUCACUGUGUCAACAGUAGGAGAUCCUGGUUCCUAUGGCUUUCAGAAGAAGAGCAGCGGGGACUACAGGUGUGGAUUUUGCUACCUGGAAGUGGAGAACAUCCUUGCUGGAGUCUACAACAUUAUCCCCACCACAUUCCUGCCUCAACAAGAGGGUCCUUUUUUCUUGGAUUUUAAUAGCACUUCUCCUCUUAGGGUAUCGCAGCUUCAGUGAGGAGACAGACCCAGACAUAGCUGCUUAAGGACGAUUUUUGAACUGGCCUACAGGUGAAUAGCUUCCUGCAGAUAUGCAUAAAAUAGAAUUGCAUCCUAAGUUAUAGCCAAGAACACAGUCACCAAUUUGGCAGUUGAUUGUGACAGAAAAUUAGCUGUGGUUUUUGCUGCUGUAGUAUCGGUGUAAGCACUGUUCAGCAGGCUUGUGAACAAGCUGAAGUGUUACUUCCAGACAAACUGGAAGAAUGUAAGAAUGUAAUUUGUUGCAGUUUUUCUACAUUUCAAAUCAAAAUCUAGUGAGUUCAAAGAAAAACUAACACUGAAAUUCUCUUCUCCUGAAGUACAAGGGUCUAUGGGUUGAAGAUUUUAUUCUGAAAUGUAAAAAUGUAAGAAAAAUA